GAUGAGACUGCUGAAUAGACGACUCCCGUGCAAACCUCUGAGCACCUGCUGAGCCAAAGACUGGCCGACAAAAUGUCUCUGUGGGUAGACAAGUAUCGACCCCGAACAUUGGACGAAUUGCACUAUCAUGAUCAAUUAUCGGCUCGAUUGAGAUCAUUAGCGGCUUCGGGAGACUUCCCUCAUAUCCUCUUCUAUGGACCAAGUGGAGCGGGCAAGAAGACGCGAAUCAUGUGCACACUGCGCGAGUUGUAUGGACCAGGCGUAGAAAAGCUGCGUAUAGAUCAAAGGGUCUUCGUCACUCCCUCGAACAGGAAACUGGACGUCAAUGUAGUUCAGUCAAACUACCACAUAGAGCUCACGCCAUCUGAUGUUGGGAUGUACGACCGUGUCGUCAUCCAGGAUAUCUUGAAGGAGAUCGCUCAGACCCAGCAGGUUGAUUUGAACGCCAAACAGCGAUUCAAAGUCGUGAUCAUUAACGAGGCUGAUGCUCUCACACGAGAUGCUCAAGCAGCCCUGCGAAGAACGAUGGAGAAGUACAUGAACAACAUGCGGUUGAUACUAUGUGCUGGCAGUACGAGCAAAAUCAUCGCACCGAUACGAAGUCGAUGUUUGCUGGUGCGAGUCGCCGCUCCAACUGAUGAUGAGAUGUCAAAAGUCCUUCACCAUGUCGCCAAGAAAGAACGUUUCCAUCUCCCCGAUCCCGCCUCCGAUGCCAUUAUUUCGUCGUCAUCUGGAAACCUCAGGAAAGCUCUGCUCGUCUUCGAAGCCAUGAAGAUGCAACGGCCGGACCUAAGCGGUGAUCUGGAUGUGGCAAAACCGGAUUGGGAGACAUAUUGUGGGAAAGUCGCCGAUGCGAUAUUGUCAGAGCAGAGCGCUCAAAAAUUACUGGAGAUCAGGGGAAAGCUAUAUGAGCUGUUGAGCCAUUGUAUACCGCCGACGGUGGUGAUGAAAACUAUAUCAGAGCGUUUAGUCGAGAAAGUCGAUGAUGAAGUCAAGAAGCAGAUCGUGCACUGGACGGCAUACUAUGAGCUGAGAAUGCGGGUCGGGUCUAAGAAGAUCUUUCACCUCGAGGCGUUCGUAGCCAAAAUUAUGAUGGUCUACAAGAACUACACGCUGAUGGGCAUGAUGGAUGACAUUGACAUGUUUUGAUACAGGCUGGC